AUGCCCAUCCAACCUUAUGACCACUUGGAAUGGAAUGAUUCUAUGCACUCCCUUCGGAUAAGUGUGGGUGGACUUCCUGUCCUUGCGUCCAUGACCAAAGCUGCUGACCCCCGUUUUCGACUCCGCUGGAAGGCAAUCGUAGUAUCUUCCCUGUGUUUUGGCUUUGUGCUAUUGCUGCUGUGCUUCCACCGUUCAUCCACAGGAAGGCCAGUCCAGACCAACAUCCACAACCGAAGACUUAGUCAGUUUGCAGGUGACCGGUACAAUGACACUUACCCUCUCUCACCACCCCAGAAAACUCUCAAUGGAGUUCAAUACCGAAUUGCAGUUAUCGCUGACUUGGACACUGAAUCCAGGGCCAAAAAGGAAAAUACCUGGUUCAGUUACCUGAAAAAGGGCUACUUGACCCUAUCAGAAAGUGGAGACAAAGUGACUGUGGAAUGGGAUAAAGAGGACAGUAUCCUAGAAUCCCACCUGGCUGAAAAAGGGAGGGGCAUGGAACUCUCAGAGCUGAUUGUUUUCAAUGGGAAGCUCUACUCAGUGGAUGACCGAACUGGAGUAGUAUACCAGAUUGAAGGCACUAAGACAGUGCCUUGGGUGAUCCUGUCAGAUGGAGAUGGUACAGUGGGAAAAGGUUUUAAAGCAGAAUGGUUGGCUGUGAAAGAUGAGCAUCUGUAUGUUGGAGGCCUGGGCAAGGAGUGGACCACCACUACUGGUGAAGUGAUGAAUGAAAACCCUGAGUGGGUGAAGGUGAUUGGCUACAAAGGCAAUGUAUAUCAUGAAAACUGGGUAUCUAACUACAAUGCUUUGAGAGAUGCAGCUGGGAUUCGCCCCCCAGGCUACCUAAUUCAUGAGUCCGCUUGUUGGAGUGACACAUUGCAGCGAUGGUUCUUCUUGCCCCGUCGGGCCAGCCAUGAACGUUACAAUGAAAAGGAAGAUGAACACAAGGGUACCAACCUUCUCCUCCACUCUGCUCAAGACUUUGGAGACAUCUCUGUGAACCAUAUUGGGGAAAUAACCCCAACACAUGGCUUCUCUUCCUUUAAAUUCAUUCCUAACACAGAUGACCAAAUCAUUGUGGCCCUGAAAUCAGAGGAAGAUAAUGGCAAAAUUGCUACCUAUAUCAUGGCCUUCACUCUAGAUGGACACUUUCUCCUCCCAGAGACCAGGAUUGGGAGUGUAAAAUAUGAAGGAAUAGAAUUUAUUUGAAACAGGACAAAAAGACUUUUUCAUGGAGCAUAGCCAAAUGGCUAGAAUGUGUAAGCUGUGUCAUUACUUUGGUUUUAUACAAAUGAGAGGACUUUAGACUUUUAUUUUAAUGAUUUUUUUUUAAAGAUUCUUUUUUGCUGCAAUGAGAGAUGUGUGUCCUGAUUGGGUAGCUGCCAGAGGAAAAAGAUCAGAUUCAGGGUAGAACAAGUAAAGGAUUUCUUUGUAGUUGCUGAAAUGGACCUGGCUUCUGUUAGUGGUGUUUGUGCUAUAAUAUGUUUCCACAUUGGCACCUGGUGGUGAAAAGCAGUCAUUAUCUUAAAUUCUAUUCAGGCUAUACAGUUCACUUCCUACUGCAGGUAUAUGGACAGUUCCAGCAUCUAAUUCCCCCCAGUUUCAUUCUUGAGAAAAAUAUUCCAGAGCCAGUAGAGGUUGGGGGGAAAGAUGACUUUAAUUAAGGAACCUGAGUCUAUGAAAAUCAGUAUUAAAGUACUAGGACCUAGCAAGUGCCCUGAGAAAGAAAGCCAACUUUUUCUUUUUUCCAAGUUUUAUAUAAGAUAAUCUCUAUCUCAGUGGCAGCUGACCUCAUUUUACCUAUUUGGGACAAACUACAUUAUAGCAGCAUGGCACUUUUAAAUCUAACUUAUUUUAAGAAAAAAUAAUGCCCUUUAUUAUAAAAUUGAGUCACCAAAUUUAAUCACACAACAGGAAGUCCUUUACUUAAAUCAUUCACCCAUCAGACAAUAAGUGGCCAUUGGGACAAUCUGUUCUGGGUAAAGACCAAAAAAAAAUGCAUACAGUGAAAGAAUAAUUGUAAUUAGAUAGUGUUAUAGUUAGUAAAGCAACUUUUUAAAUGGUCCUGAGCCUUGUUACCAAUAGGAAGUUAACAGAAGAAAUUUUGAACUUCUUCAGGAACAAAUUGGAAACUUUCAUGUCUUAAAAGCUUUCACAGAGGCCUUGAAUUUUCACUUUCUUGCCUUUUUAAGUGGAAUGUUGGUUUCUGAAAUAAAUAAACUUAUGUUCCCUGAACUUUUUAUUCCCUGGAACUCACAAUUGAGACCCAGACUUUAAAUUUCCCUGGAAUAAUUUUUGUGUGGCAUCCAUCUAUCAUCCACCCUUCUAUCAUCUCACCUUGAUCUCAGGCUGCCUCUGUUUUCCAAUGUCUUCUCUAAACACUCCUUGGUACAGGCAAGGUAGAGUUUGAGAGAAAGAAUGACUGAGAACAAAACUAAGAAGGGAAGUUUCUCUCAGUGUGCAGUGUUCCUCCCUAGAAGAGCUACCUCAUUUUCUUAUGAUUAUUUUUUCUUGUAAGAAAAACUGUCCGGUUGAUGGGUAUUAAGGAUGGGUGAGUGAAAUGAGAGAAUCUUUCUUCCUGGAUUAAUCAAUGACAACUUUUUCUCAACUUGAAACUUUGAUACAUUUUCUCUGAGGGAAUCCAAUUAUGACCUUUCUUGUUCUGAAGGUCUGUUUCUUUAUACUGUAAACAAAGGGGAAAAAGUAAAUUUAAAUUAUUGUUUACCUACAACUUACAGGCACUAAUUCAUAUCCAGCUGGUAUACAGAUAUGCCCCAGUAGAGCCAAGCGAGGCCAUCUGUGUCAUCUCCUCUCUACUUCUCUAUGGUAAAUGUCAGUUGUGUAAUCACACAAAAAGCAAAGAACUUAGGGAAGGACAUGGAAAAUUUGAGAGAAUUGUUAGUUUUAGUCUGGAAUAUUUUCUGCCAGGUUUGAAGUCAGUUGUGAGAAGGACCUUCCAGGUGUUUAGAGAUCAGUAAGAGUAAUCCCCAGCUUUGGCAUUACUGGAUUCACAAUUUCUACAUGGUCAGUGAUUUUCCAAAAUCUUUAAAUUAUUCUGCCUUCUUUUUUCCCUUCCCUCUCUCUUUAUUGCUGUAAACUCAAUGAUUGUGUUCCUUGCCUGCUGGAUUCAUUUGUUAUAAUAAAGUUUCAGAGGGGAA